AUGACUUCUUCCACAAAGAGGGUGCCAAGAGUGCCAACUUAUUCACCGGAUAAAGUGGUAAGGACUUGAAGUUGACGUCGUAUUUUUUUCAAUUGUGUCUUAAGAAACUCAGGUGCAAUUUGCGACAAAUCAAACUUUGUUUAGAGAUUUGCUUACAAUAUAGAACACUACAGUCAGUCCGUUCAACAAAUCCUAAGUCGCUAAAAAAUGACUCAUUAUAAAUGGGUCUUGUUGAACGGAGGUGAAUACAAAUCCAUAUGUUAGCUUUUAGUGACAUUUGAGACUUCUAAGACUAUUCCUUGUCCUGGGAAACCCUUUACUUUUUUUCGCUAUAAGUUUAGAUGACUGGGAUUUUAUGUGUAUAGUAACCUGCUCAGCCCCGAUAGGCACUAUUAUAUCAUUAAAUCAACACUUUUUUGCCUCCAUCAAAGAAUGAGUCUUCGAUGCAUAGAUUCGGCGGAGCUCCAGUACGCCUGGUAGCGAAAUAAAAAGCCUCCGUAAGACCUUGAAGCUUCUUCAGAUGAGAGCUGGUCGAACGUAAUCGAGAUUUUUUUUCAGCCGAUCCUUUUCCCCCAAGGACCACUUGAUUAGUCAUAUUGAUUUUAGUCUUUUUGCAAAUGUAUUUAUUUAUAUUUCCAUGUUAUCCUCUUUUAUUCCAGGUCUGCUUCAAAGUCCCAGCCAACACAGAAGUCACCGAGAAGAAUCUCAAGCCUGGCUACUCAAAUGCCAGCAAACUGGCAGCCGAAUUCCUGGGAUGCAUUGUUUUCAUCUUCGUUGGUUCGCUAUCAGGGCUGCAAACCAUGCCUGCGAACAGGGCAAUUAGAGUGGCAUUGGCUCACGGGUUUGCCAAUUUCGUGCUGGCCUGCGCUUUUGGGCAUAUAAGGUAAGGGAAUUUGAAGAUUUCCAUAGGAAAUUUUGUAAAAUACGACUUUGUGGGCGAAACGGGGUAACAGCAUCAGGGAAAUAGAGAAGAAUGGGAAACGAUUAUGCAAUAUCGUCCAGGCUCCUGCAACGAGUAAGCAAAAAGUCUAGGGAAUAGCUACAGUGACGGAACUGGUCCAAGUAUCAUUUUGCAUCAGGGAAGUAGCAAAAAUAUGGCAAAAUACUAUUUUUUAGAGAUGAAGAAAAGGCAACUCCUAUAUACAGUGACCGAACUGAUAUGUGUAGUGGCAAAAACGUACCAUUUCGCAUCUGAAAAUUGUCAAAAAAUAUGGCAAAAUGCCUCCCAAUUAAAAAAAACUCCGUUCUGAAGCCCCCUCACAAAAACGCGCGCGCUUUUGAAAUCGGAGUUUUUUUCACGUGGAGAAUGAGGUAUUUAUUUUGCUAUAUUUUUGAUACAUCCCGGAUGCAAAAUUAUAAGUUUUUUGCCACUGGAUCAGGUCCGAAACUGUAUACGGUGUAUUUAGAGUACGCAUUCAAAAAUAGAAAAAAAUCAUGCUGUCAUGUUUACAGUAAUUUUUCACUUGUUAGACGGAUAGCUUACGAAUUGUUUUCAAUAAAAAGGUCAAUAAAAAACGUUUUUUUACUAGUAAAUUUUUACUAUCAGUCUGUCGGAAAAAUAACGGCGGAUCGUCGCGCCUCGGUAUCACCCAUCGUCGCCUUGCGACUGCAAGCAGCGGCUUGGGAUUUGGUGCGCGAUAGCGGCGAGGCGAGACAUUUUGGUGCGACGAUCCGCCGUUAUUUUUCCGACAGACUGAUAGUUAUAAAAUUACUAGGUACAACUAAUGAGUCGUUUUUAGCGGAGGUCACUUCAAUCCAACAGUCUCAUUGGCAGUUGCCUUGGCUGGAAAAUUGAAUCCCCUUUUGCUCAUGCCCUACUUUAUGGCCCAGCUUUCCGGAGGAUUCAUUGGAGCGCUUUUGGUCAGAGUAAGAUUUUACUUCCUCUCACCAGGCUAUAUGUAUAAUAUUUUAGCUAGGAUAAUAGCUCGUAUUUUACCAAAAUAUCUGUAUUUUCAGGCAGUCACCACCUUGGAAGAGUACGACUCAAUCCUUGGCGGCUCCGUGAUGCCCGGUGCAAAUCCGUGGUGGCAGAGUGUUAUUACAGAAGCUGUGUUGUCUAUGGCUUUGUGUAACACAGUCCUGAUGUGUGCUGUUGACACGGACAAAAACCAAUUGGCGUCUCUGGGAAUCGGCUUCACCGUCGCAAUGAGUGCACUUUCUGGGUAAUUUUUUGACUGGAGAAAUUAGACUUUAAUUGAGUGACAAUAUGUUACAAUAGGUUUUUAAAAUACGUUCCAUCAGUCUACAUACAUAUUAAAACACGAUUUUUGAGUCAGGGCACCAGCGGUGGUCUUAGGAAAAAAUCGAUUUUGAGAUUUUUGGCUUAAAAUAGUCGGUAGCACUUGUGGAAGAAAAGCUAAAAAUAGUUUUGUCUAAUUAUGCCCGGAAGGCAUAUUUUUUUACAAAAUACGUUUUUACACUUCAAAGCCUCUGGAGGCCGAUGUGAUCUGACUACAGAGGUUAAACCGGGCAUACACGGGUUUUUGACACCCAGGAAUCUGAAAAUCGUAGCAUUUUUACCGUCAGGUUACUGUAACAUGGUCAUACUGUAAUCCGGUCGAUAAAAAUCGACGAUAACUUCUUUAGAUCAAAAAUGCCACAGGAUUUUAUUGCAGAUUCGGAAUCAGCAUAAAAUUCUGCUUCGGAUACAUGUAAAAUAUGUUCAAAAUUCCGUGGCCCAACCUCUGUAGUAUAGUGGUUGUGCGCCAGGAUUAUCAAUCUGGCGACCCAGGUUCGAUUCCCGGUGGCUGCAAAUGGCAGAAAAUGGACUAUAAAAGGGCGGAAACUAGGAAAAAAGGGAAAAUAAAUUACAGAAAAUUAAUUUUAUGCAACUUAGGAGCAGUUUAAAAGUUUUUGCAAGAAUUCCGCAUAAAUUACGGUUUUUAUGGAAAACGCCUCACAGCAUUCGUAAGAUCGCCCCAAAUGGCAACUAAAGAGUUGUGGUGAAUCUACAUAACGCUUGCUAUCCAAUGUUCAUCAUAUCCGCCGAGGAAAGCAAUAUAAAACAAAAUAAAGCAGUUAUUUGGUUUUCAGAUGGAAGCACGCAUGUUACAGCCCCGUAGUUUAGCCUCUGUUCCUUACGAACUGAGUCUCCAUGUAGAUUUAUCAUCAGAGCGUCCACGCGCUCCGUUUUUCGUGGGAUACGCAAGACGCCCUAAGUUUUACAAGCUGUGUGAUCCCGGUGCUGUUAGGGAAUCUUAUAUGACUUUUUGUGAAUCUUAUAUGACUUUUUGGUCAAAUAUUGUUCCGUUCGAUAAACCUCGGCCGCAGCUCGCCUUCUUAAAAACCCGAAUUUGAAAGAAAACCCAGGCUAUCCCGAAAAUUUAACCAAAUAAGCAGAAAUGGAUUUAUUUCCGUAGUAGGAAGCCUCAGUAACCUCUUCUGUAAAUUUUAACCAGAUUGCUCCACUUUCCGGCAAGCUGUAAGGCGUUUUCCAUAAAAACCGUAAUUUAUGCGGAAUUCUUGCAAAAACUUUUAAACUGCUCCUAAGUUGCAUAAAAUUAAUUUUCUGUAAUUUAUUUUCCCUUUUUUCCUAGUUUCCGCCCUUUUAUAGUCCAUUUUCUGCCAUUUGCAGCCACCGGGAAUCGAACCUGGGUCGCCAGAUUGAUAAUCCUGGCGCACAACCACUAUACUACAGAGGUUGGGCCACGGAAUUUUGAACAUAUUUUACAUGUAUCCGAAGCAGAAUUUUAUGCUGAUUCCGAAUCUGCAAUAAAAUCCUGUGGCAUUUUUGAUCUAAAGAAGUUAUCGUCGAUUUUUAUCGACCGGAUUACAGUAUGACCAUGUUACAGUAAUCUGACGGUAAAAAUGCUACGAUUUUCAGAUUCCUGGGUGUCAAAAACCCGUGUAUGCCCGGUUUAACCUCUGUAGUCAUUUCACAUCGGCCUCCAGAGGCUUUGAAGUGUAAAAACGAAUUUUGUAAAAAAAUAUGCCUUCCGGGCAAAAUUGGGCAAAAAUAUUUUUCGCUUUUCUUCCACAAGUGCUACCGACUAUUUUAAGCCAAAAAUCUCAAAAUCGAUUUUUUCCUAAGACCGGACCCCACUACUGGCUGACGCAGUGACUCAAAAAUCGUGUUUUAAAUAGAUAACUUUACAAUACAAUUUUCAGAGGUUCGAUCAGUGGGGCCGUUCUGAAUCCGGCUCGAGCGCUGGGCCCUGGAUUAGUUGCGACAAUUUUCGCUACUAGUAAAAACGCAACAACGAUGAUUUGGAGCCAGCAUUAUGUGUAUUGGGGAGGUCCGGCGAUUGGGUCGUCUAUCGCGGCGAUGAAUUAUCGCCUGUUCUUCGCACAACCGGAGUGGCGAUUACUUCCGUAG